CCGUCGCUCGAGGCGAUGGCGUCGCGAAGUAGUGGAGGCGGUCCAGGCGGUCGCAGCGCGGGUCCCGGCCGCUACCAGCGCUCGUCCACGGCCAGCAUGACGCAGCUGCUGAGCGACUCGUGCUCCAGCCUGCUGCACCGGCUGACGUCCCGCGUGCGGGGGCCCUCCGCCUCCGUCGACUCGCCGUCGUCUUCGUCCAGGGGCGUGGGGGCCAGUGCCGGCCUGAGCCUGUCGACCCUCGGCUUGAGUCCCUUGGGGCCCCAUGGGCCGGCCGUGUCGUGGAGUCAUGCCUCCGCCGCCCCCCGCGCCGACCCCUCGUCCGGGGCCGCUCCGGACCGCGGCAAGGACCGCGACCGAGCGCGCGACCGCGUCCACGACCACGACCCCGCUCGCCCCCGCAGCCCCACGUUCUCGACGUUUGGCCAGACGCGGUCCCGCCUGGAGAAGAAGUACGGCCAGAAGAAGACGACGUCCCCCCCGCCCAGCCCCUCUGCGCGCCGCUCGGCCCAGCGCGGGCGCCACUCCAAGCCGCGCACAGCUGCUGCUGCUGCUGCCAGCGGCAACGCUACCCCCGCAGCCCCCUCGGCCUCGUCGCGCAAGGACACCAAGGAGGGCAGCCCCCUCCUGGGCGUGUCCAAGGUGCGCCACACGGACCACUACAGCGCGCGCGCGCCCUCCAGCCCUCAGCCCGAGCUGGGGUCGACGCGAUCUCGCCUCGAGGACAAGUACUCCGCCAUCCUGGCCAAGUACGGCCGCGAGCCCCGCGACAAGGAACGCACGGCCGAGCGGCGCGUCGCGGCAGGGCAUGGGCAUGGAGACCGCCGCAGCCCGCAGGGCCCGCAACCACUGCCGCUGAGCAAGAGUGCCACCACGUCCAUCGUGCUCUCGGAGAAGGCCUACCCUUACGUGAGCAGCGGCCCUGGCUCAGGCUCAGGGCCCGCCCGCGAGAAAACGCCGUACCGCUACGGCGAGCGCAGGUCCAGGCAGCGGUCGGGCCAUCGCACCGCUCGGCCCCGACUGUGCCCCGUCGAGUUUGACGUGGACGCCGUGGACGUCGUGGCGCCGCCGCGCACCCGCGUCAUGUCGCCCGGCGAGCGAGAGGCGCUGAUGCUGGUGGCGGCCGAGGAGCAGCGCGAGAGGGAGAGAGAGAGGGAGAGGGAGCGUGAGCGGCCCAGCAGCCCCGCCACCAACGAGCGGGAGGCGCGCCGGAAGGAGAUCCAGUCCCUCAUCGCCAAGUACACGACGGCUGUCAACGACCGGCUGCAGCGCCGCGAGCAGCGCGAGCAGCGCGAGUACAAGGAAAAGGCCGCGGCUGCUGCCGCCACCACCACCACCCCCGCCAGAAACGCGAACCACAAGGCUGACUCGGGCACACUAACGCCCACGAUGGGGGCAGGCAGAGCCACCACGGCCGUGGGCAGCCUGGCACCCCCCAGCCCGAUGGGCCCUGGCGUCGCACCCGGCUUGGGCCUCGGCCUUGGCCUUGGCCUCGGCCUCGGCCUGGGUGCUGGCCACGGCAAGGCACCUGGACCCAGCCUGGCCCCUGGUCUCGGCCACAGCCUCGGCAAGUCGGCUUCCGGGGUGUUCUCGUCCACGCACUCCGACUCCGGCGCGCUUUACAAGGGGCAGCCGAAGUAUUCCGUGCUGAACCGAAGGCCCAUGGCGUCUAGCUCGGCCACGUCGCUGGCCCUGCCGAACUUUUCCUUCAGCUCACGGGCCCCUUCAGUGGAAGAUGAUGAAGACGGCCAUCUGAUUUAUCGCCAUGGCGAUGUUCUGCAAGACCGAUAUAAAAUUCUGGCUACCCUUGGUGAAGGCACUUUUGGCAAGGUGGUCAAGGUUAAAGACCUGCACAAUGAUUCGGUUAUGGCCCUGAAGAUCAUUAAAAAUGUUGAAAAGUAUAGAGAAGCAGCAAAACUAGAAAUCAAUGCAUUGGAGAAAAUUGCUGAAAGAGACCCAGAUGCAAAACACCUAUGUGUUAAGAUGUUAACAUGGUUCGAUUAUCAUGGUCAUGUUUGCAUUGCAUUUGAAAUGCUGGGGCUCAGUGUCUUUGACUUCUUGAAAGACAACAACUACCAGCCAUAUCCUUUGGAACAAUGUCGACACAUGUCGUAUCAGCUUUGCUAUUCUGUCAAGUUCCUUCAUGAUAAUAAGUUGACUCACACUGAUCUCAAGCCAGAAAACAUACUGUUUGUGGACUCUGAUUUUGAUAUUACCUACACCAAAAAGAAUCGUGAUGUAAGAAGAGUUAAGAAGACAGAUGUGCGCCUUAUUGAUUUUGGGAGUGCAACAUUUGAUCAUGAACACCACAGCACUAUUGUAUCUACAAGGCACUACAGAGCUCCUGAAGUUCUACUGGAACUGGGAUGGUCACAGCCUUGUGAUGUGUGGUCCAUUGGUUGCAUUAUGUUUGAAUUGUACCUAGGAAUAACACUCUUCCAAACUCAUGAUAAUAGGGAACAUUUGGCAAUGAUGGAACGUAUACUUGGACCCAUUCCUUACAGAAUGGCAAGGAAAACCAAAACUAAAUACUUCUACCAUGGAAAACUUGAGUGGGAUGAAAAGAGCUCAGCAGGCCGUUAUGUGCGAGAAAAUUGUAGACCUCUUCAUCGUUAUCAAGGAUCUGACAGUGAGGAUCAUCGCCUUCUUUUUGAUCUGAUUUCACGAAUGCUGGAGUAUGAUCCAGCAGCACGUAUCACCUUGAGGGAAGCACUUAGUCAUCCAUUCUUUGACAAGAUUCCUGAAGAACAAAGAUUAGGAGAACAUCGGAAUCAUGGGUCUGGCUCUGGUGAUAGCGGACGAGAACGUAGCCAUUCACUGUCAAGGUGAUGGUAACUACUCUCUUCCAUUCUUCCCACUCCUCAAGCUUAUAUCUGGAGCCAGGAUAGGGAGAGAGUCAGCAUCCUACAGAAGACUUACUUUGUAAGCAAGUGGAGCAUGCCUCCAUUGUCUCCAAGAAUGUGUGGCGAAGACAUUCUUGUAAAGAAUUACCUGGUGAUAAUCACAUUUAAAGUGUCUAAGAAUCAGUAUUGCUUCCAAUCAAUGAAUUGAAGAAGGCAAUGCCCUUUCUACUCUGAAGUACAAUGGUGAUUUGUGCACCUUAAGUACAUAAUUUAAUGUCCAAUGCAAUUUGGCAUUGUGGAGGACAAGCUGCUGUUUUUCAGCAAACCAUUGCCAAUUUGUGUGUGAUAUAACGUGUACAUGUAAGAUGAAUGAUUGUAUGUAUUUGCGUCAGUGUGGAUGUGUGAGUGAUAAGUGUCACUUCUCUUAUUGUGAUGUGUUUUCUAAGGCAGCAUUCAGUUUAUAAAAUAUUGUAAGGCAUUUUCCACUUUCACAAUAAUGCCACAUGUUACUUUAGUGGUGUAUCUUUGUCAGAUGUUCACAAAUCUUUGCUCACUUUAUUGCUCCAAAUAGAACUUGCUGAGUCAAGAAAUGCAUUCAAAGAAAUACUUGAUCGGCUUAUUAAAUUAUACACGACUCACCAUUUUCCUCUAUAAAUGUUAUUGCUUGGCCUUGUAAAGAACUUAGCGCCCAUGAAUUUCUCAGUGUGAAAUAUUUUGUUUUGAGACUAAUUUAUCAAAAAUCUGGUUUGAUAUGGGAAAUGAAUUUUUCCUUUUAUUCCUGUCUUUUUCUAUUUUUUUUUUCUUUUAUAUUAUUUUUGAUUUAGUGUCCCAAUAUUGCUGAACUAAAAGGAUUUUAGGAAAGCGUUACUUAGCUGCUGCAUUUUAGAGCAAAAGUCAUUUUUAAGGAUCAGAUGUUCCAUCUUCUCCCUUUGGGUUAAUGUAGUGUGACUAGGUGUAAAUAAAUGUCUAUUUUUAAUGUAAAA